AUGCUUGAGCAAUUUGCUAUCUUCACACCUCAAGGAGAGAUUCUCUACCAAUUCAAUUGCCUUGGUAGAAAAUUCGCAGAGACGCAAAUCAACCGGUUUGUAUCGCAGUAUAUCAGUUCACGAACGAGUAUUGGUGCUAGUUACAAGAAGUACAGCGUGCUUGACGUCAGUGGCGCAGCUGAUGGCGCUGGAUUGAAGAGCUCUCGAAGUUUCUGCUGUAUGUUCCACAUAUCGAAACAACCUGAGCUCUUCUACGUUGUUACUUAUGCAGAACAGUCACUAGAGCUUAACGAUGAGGCAGCUGAAGUCCUUAAAUUGGGCGUCACAUUGUGGGAUUCUUUGCAAUUGAAUGAUGGAAUUGUUAGGAACCUCUCUGGCAGAGGGCACAGAAAUGAGCACAAUUAUGUCGAAGUCACGGAAGGGCUCGAAGAGACGAUUGCCAAAUUUGACACUUAUUUGAGAGCCAAGUACGAAGCAUAUGCGAGAAGAUCUGAGGCAAGCAAACCUGUCCUUGAGACAGAAUCAGUCGAGAACAACCCGAAGAAGAAAUCCAGCGAGCUGAAAAGUAAGAAGAAAUCAUCAAGUGGCGGUCAACAAGGACGGAAAUGGGGCCGAGACGGGAUGAUGGAUGAGAUUGGCCACAGCGACCCAACAAAACUCGACUUCUCCGAGGCAAGCAGCGCGUCUUCCAGCAACGUCGCACUAGUGGACAAGGAAUCUUUCGGUAAGAGAACCGUAGAGGGCGAAUUCCUCAUCCGGGAGAUUGAUGAUCUGCUCGUAAGCCAGAGAGAUCGAGUUAAGUCGACAGCUCAAGCCAGCAACACGAACGCGGCUUUCAGUUUUCUCAAGAAGCAUAUCUUGGGUAACAAGACCAUCUCUGAGGAGGACUUGAAAUCAGUGCUGGACAAGCUCCAGCAAAAGCUUAUAAGCAAAAACGUGGCCCCCGAAGUGGCUAGACACUUGAGCCAGCAGGUUUCUAAGGAUUUAAUAGGCUCCAAGACAGCAAACUGGACAAGCGUAGAGAACACUGCUCGUGAAUCUUUAAUAAAAGCUCUCACGCAGAUACUGACGCCUGGCGUUUCAGUUGAUCUGCUGCACGAAAUACAGAAAAGAACAAGUCAAAAAGAUUCAGAAGGUAAGAAACAUCCUUACGUCUUUUCCAUUGUUGGCGUAAAUGGUGUAGGUAAAUCCACAAAUCUAUCCAAACUAGCCUUUUGGCUCCUACAAAACAAUUUCAACGUCCUUAUUGUCGCCUGUGAUACCUUCAGAUCAGGUGCGGUUGAACAGUUGAGAGUACACGUCGAGAAUCUUGCUCAGUUGACCGACGAAUCCCAUGUCAGAGGAUCCAGAAACAGAAGAGGGAAAUCCGGAAACGACCAUGUCGAGCUCUUCGAGGCAGGAUAUGGUGGCUCAGAUUUAGUGGCCAAAAUUGCUAAGCAAGCCAUCAAAUAUGCAAAAGAUCAAAAUUUUGACGUUGUUCUCAUGGAUACAGCCGGCAGAAGACAUAACGAUCCUACUUUGAUGUCUCCUCUCAAGUCUUUUGCCGAACAAGCCAACCCUGAUAAAAUUAUCAUGGUUGGAGAAGCUCUGGUGGGAACCGACUCGGUUCAGCAAGCAAAAAACUUCAACAACGCCUUCGGCAAAGUCAGAAAUUUGGAUUUCUUCAUCGUUUCUAAAUGUGACACUGUGGGAGAAAUGCUCGGAACAAUGGUGAAUAUGGUUUAUGCUACCGGAAUACCUAUUCUGUUUGUGGGCGUGGGACAAACAUAUACUGAUCUGAGAACUUUAAGUGUUAAAUGGGCUGUUGAUACUUUGAUGUCUUAA